CGCACCAACAGGUGACCCCAGUCAUACAGCUGGUGCACGGCCAAGGAAGGAGAAUCACGCAAUGGACCGAACCACUAUAUGGAAAAAGGGAGGGUGGGAAUCGUGAAACCGAAAGGAGGAGUCAAAAAUACGCACCUGGCCCCACCCAGUCGGUCACGUGGCGGCAGCCACUCCAGAAUCUGGAGCAGAAGCGAGUCCGGGAGAGCGGAGAGCGUUUGUCCCUCCAUUCUAUUGUCAGGGGUUUCUUCCGCCUUCUCUGGGAAAGAAUCUUUCGGACAAAUUUCGUGGAGCUUCCUGUUCCGGGGUCACUCGCUACUUCUGUUUCCGCACCAUCUGUUCUCACGCUAUCAAUAUUGAGCUUUCAGCAGUACCUCAGAAGGCAGGAGGCUGCAGGUCUCCUUGUUCAGCAGUUUCUUGGGCACUGGUUUAUGCUGUCGUCAGUUCGGGAUGAUUGAAGUGGUUUGCAACGAUCGACUGGGCAAGAAAGUGAGAGUGAAGUGCAACCCUGAUGACACCAUUAGGGACCUGAAAAAGCUCAUUGCUGCCCAGACUGGCACUCGGUGGGACAAGAUCGUGCUAAAGAAAUGGUACACAAUUUUUAAGGACCACGUGUCGCUGGCAGACUAUGAAAUCCAUGAUGGUAUGAACCUAGAACUAUAUUAUCAGUAGUUUCAUCACGGCAGAUGCUACCUUUUCUAUGUCUUUUUUUUUGUUCUUAAUUUCUCAUUUGACUGUAUGAAGUUUUGUUAGAAGUAUUUUAUCACUGAUUGCAAUAAACUGGAAAACUUGUAUUCUGGCUGCCUUUUCUUGUUUUUUAAAAUAAAUGUGACCUGACAGCAUGUGUGACCUGA